AUGAAAGUAAUUAUCCUUGCAUCGUUGCUGUGUGUUGUAACAUCAGCAUAUCCUUUCUCAUUUGAGAAAGACAUUUAUUCUGGAACCAAAUUUCCUAAAGACAUCCCUGUUUAUUUUACAAAUACAGAAUGCUUUGGACAACGCGUCAUCCAACUACCUUUAGACCAUUUCAAUGAAAAAGACGACAGAACUUUCAAUUUAACGUACGCGCUGAACAUCAAUAAUUUCAAACCAGGUGGGCCUAUAUAUUUGGUAAUGGACGUAGAUUACAUAGGUAUUGGUGAAUAUUAUUCGUCUCAAGUAAACCGACUAGCAAGAGAAACAAAUGGAGCAGUGUUUUUGACUGAACGAAGGUACGGAGCCAAUAGUAGACCUUUUGAACGUUUGGACCCAAAAAAUUUGCAAUGGUUAAACACAAAGCAGAUAAUGGCAGAUUAUGAAACUCUAAUUAGGAACAUAAAAAAAGACCAGGAUUACUCACAAUCGAAAGUAGUACUUUAUGGAUUGACACGUGGUGGGAAAUUUGCAACGUGGAUGAGACUUUUAAAACCUGAUUUAGUCGAUGCGGUUGUUGCUAGUAGCGCUACUCUUUUGGCAAAGAAAGAUGCCAAGGAAGUCCUGGAAUAUGAAAGCAAUCUUUUAAAAAGAUUCGGAACAGGUUGUUACGACAAAGCCAAGACUGCAUUUUCUACUUACGAGAAAAUGCUAAAAACUGUAGAGGGUAGAGAAAAAAUAAAGACAGAAUUUAACGUGUGCCCGGAAUCGGACUUAAGUAUACCAGAAAAUCAAUAUUUUAUGAUGGAUUUGAUAAAAAUGGUAUCUUACAAUGGAGAAUUAUACUGCAAGGAGAAUUCAAAUCAUGACCAGGACUUCAAAUCCGAGAUAGAAAUUUGCAACGAUGUCUCUUAUGAAAAAUAUAUAGAUAGUGCCAAAGCAUUGUAUUUAAACUUUCACUAUCAGGAUUGCUUUGAAUUUGGGCAUUUUAAGACAACAUCAUCAAAAAAUCAAGUAUUUGGGAAUUCUGCUCCUUUACAUUUCUUUACAAAAAUGUGUAAGGAUUUAUAUGACACAGAAUUCGAUGAAGCAAAACUUGAUAAGAACAUUGAAUUGACAAACAAGCUUUACGGUGGGAAUCAACCAAAUGUGACUAAAGUAAUCUUUGUGAACGGGGAAUUGGAUGGUGCAAGCACGUUAAGUAUUUUGGAAGAUCUAUCUGCAGAAUCACCUGCAAUUGUAAUUCCUGAUCAAUAUAAAAUUGCCGAUGCGCAACAAGACUCUUGGAAAGACUCCGAAGAACUGAGAAACGCUAGAAAAAAGAUUAGACAAACUAUUAAGUCAUGGAUAGGUUCUUCUGAUUAA